AAAGACAGAUAGCCUCACGCACUUCAGAGCCCACUCACAAUGGCCUCUUUCGACCUCACUUCAUACAAAGCCCUCUCUUUUGACAUUUACGCAACACUUAUUGAUUGGGAAUCUGGAAUCUUCUCGCAAUUUCUUCCUUUGCUCGGAAAACUCCCCAAAGACCAUCCGCUCUGGAGCAAAAGCUUGAUCGACCUCCGAGGCUACCUACUGACGCAAUAUUCGACUCAUGAACAUAAGCUAGAAGUUCAGUAUCCAGACGAAAAGUAUUCAGUCUUGUUGAGCAAGGUUUAUGAAAAUGUCGCUGCAGAUAUGGGAAUACCUGUCACCCGCAAUGAAGCGGAAGCCUUUGGAGGAGCUAUUGGCAAAUGGCCAGCUUUCGCCGACACUGUGGCAGCCAUGCAGAAGUUGGGCAAAUAUUACAAGCUCAUUGCUCUGAGUAAUGUUGAUAAAGUGUCAUUUGGAAAUACCUUACAAAACGGCCUGAGCGGCGUACGGUUUGAUGCCAUCUACGUCGCCGAAGACAUUGGCACUUAUAAGCCAAAUCUAAACAACUUUAAUUAUCUCGUCGAACAUGCGCGACAAGAUUUCGGUAUUGACAAAAAUGAUAUCUGUCAUACAGCACAGAGCCUCACAUUUGAUCACAUCCCUGUGGCGUCCAUGGGAUUUCGUCCCGCUGUUUGGAUUUCUCGUGGAGGUGGUAGCAUGGGCAUGGGGGAUCUGGAGGCCGUGAAAGGCAAAGUUAACAUCGGAGCAACAUAUGAAACUUUGGGGGAUAUGGCAGAAGCUGUUGAAGCAGCCUUUAACAAUAGAAAGGAGUAGAUAGAGACCACGUGUGCGGUGCGAAUACGAAAUAGCAUAUUGGCUUAUUACGGAUAUCUAUAGACUUCUUUCGUUCUGUUCGUUUUUGCAGUUUUCUAACAACAAAAAAUACUAUUACCAACUUACAAAAGC